GUAUAUUCUUAGCCGAUUUUGAAACGCAUAUUUCCCUUUCCCAAUUUGAGCCCUUCCAAAAAUAACCCCUUCAAAAAGGGCGCUUAUUUUCGGAAUUUUAAGGUCUUUUCCAAAAGGUAAAAUCAUUUAUCGGAAAACCUUCCGUAGCUGCUAACAGUAUGAAUUGGUCUGUGCUGUAUUUAUUCGAUAAAAUGCCGUCCUCGAUUCCAGUCAAGACAAGUCGGGCGUACCCCCCGGUUGGCGUUAAUGAAGCGAUUAUUUGAAAAAUGAAUCCGUUAGUCGUUGCCGCAACCAGUCGACGUCUCAAAUACACAUCUGUCUUCCUGCAUACGUGUAAUGAAUAAUGACCUUUUAAGGUAACUCCUUUGUGUCCGUGUAUGCAUAAAACCAGGAAUCCGGAGUUGGUACUCUCUGAAAUCCAUAGCACUGGCGGAAAACCCUCUGUAUAACUGUUCGAUCAGAUUUAAAUUUCUUUGAAUGGAUAAAAUUCAAAAUUCAGGUGGAGAGGGGGUGGUUUUACAGAUGGAAAAUUGUCCUGAGAACACCGCUCCCAUUCACUAGAACAAUGCGGCGUUUAUUCAAAGAUUAUGCAUGAAGCACUUGGGGCAACUUAAUCUACAUCAUCCGGACAAUAACUAUUCUAUCUCAGCAAAAAAGGGACACAUUGGAACUUUGAAACUCUUUCUGCCUUACAAAUGUUUGUAAAUAAUUUUUCAUUGUUGUUGUCAAAAAGUUUUGAAAUUUUGUAAGACAAUUUUUAAUAUCGGAAACUCUAGAAAUGUUUAUAUAAACAGUUGGUGGGUUUAAUCGAAUAAAGAUGUUGCAUAUUUUUCAAAUGAAACAUAUUUUUGCCACUUUGGACCACCUUGAACGCGACGGGAACUGGGAAUUAGGGUUUUUAAGAAGAAACAAAGGAGCAUGGGAAGCCAUGGGAAAGCCGCCAUCUUUGCUGAUGCGACGGACACAUGAUGAUGGCAUUGAGAGGUACGUGUAUUAGGUCUACCUUUUACGAAUCGGAUGUAUAAGUGAAGUAAUUAAUAGAGUUUAGUGCGAAGAUAUCAGACAUAUUUCGCAAGCUUGCCAAGCUGUAUUAUGAGCUCCAAAACAAAGCAUGAUAACAGUAAAGCGUAAGCUAGCGGCGUGGUUGCCGGUUGACAUCGAUUAAAUAUAAGCUUAAUUUACAGGUUUGUCAUGAAGAGGAUGGGGUCGGGGAUUUCCAGGCGCGGAUCCAUACGGUUUCCACCGUUUUAACGAAGUCGGUCAGAUUUUUCAUUAUAACUAUAUUUUAAGUAAAAAACUUUAAACUUUCCAAGUUAAAAUCUGGAAAAUGGUUUGUAUAGUCGGUAAAUUUCCUGUCUGAAUGACUCAGAAACCAAGAAAAGGGGACUUUGGGGAGUUAAAAUCCAAAAAAAAAUCCCGGGGGAGCAUGCCCCAGACCUACGUAGAAGUAGGAAAUCGGUCAGUAUUUAUCCUAGAUCCGCGCCUGAUUUCCCCCGGCUACUUUCAACGUGGUCCCCGGCUACUUUCUUAGGGAAAUAGACGAGAAAUAGAACCAAGAGAAAUCCGUUGCUGUUUUAUUCCCUUCCUACUUGUUGUAUUUACCAAGCAACUUGAAAUCUUAGUGACAACUCUGAUUUAUUUAAACCGCACAAGAAACUGUUAGGUGUAGAAAGGAAACUUUGAAGGUAAAAAGGAAAUGUGAAAAAAUAUCGAGUUUGCUUAGGAUUUAUAGUUGUCUUAAGUUAUUUGUGUCAUGUUGAUUGUUGUAACUGCUCUUAUCAGCAAGCUAUCGGUUAAUUUACUGUUAAUCGAUAUCUCAAAGGAAAAAUUGUUUUCAUCGGCGAUCUUUUAUUUGAGUUCGGUUGAGCGAAUUUUUCACGGCUUGCACAAUAGUUUAUGUAACAAUAAUAUUGUCGUUGGCUCAUGAAUAAAAGGACGGAAGUUCCAGGGGGUGGGCAGGUUAUGACAAGCACCCCCUAAAUGGAAAUUCUAGGGGGUAGGGGGUCUAAAACAAAAGUGCCCUCUGUGGGGGGGUAUGGAUAUAUAUUGGAACUGCACAUUCCAUUUAAUAACCAACCAACCUCUACCCUCCUGGCAGUUAUGUUGACGAAGUGUUUUGACAUUACAGUUAAUACUAAAAAAAUUUGAAUUUUCCUCAAUGCACUGGAAAAAUGUAUUGAUGCACUACCGUGAGAUCAGGCCCAAUUUUAGCGGUUCUCAUACAUUCUCUCUAACGGUUACUGCUAAAAUUGGGCCUGAUACAAACUCUCUCGCGUUUGUGCUCGUUACGGCCAGAUUUUGGCCGUAACGCUGAUUGGCUGUUAGAACAAUGCCACAAGAUCUGAUUGGCUGUCGGAAACGCCGGAAGUUGAAAGCGCCUAUUCCUCGCGUGGUUGUUUUCGUGAAUGAUCCGUCGUCGGCGGAGAGAAGGAUCGAUUUUUACUGUCUUUUUUAUUGUUUUAUGGUCUUAUGGUAGGAAAUAUGCCUUAAUAUGUGCCAUGGAAAUUCAGAAAAUUCAUAUGGUUGUUCAUAUCUUCUCAGGAUUUGCUUUAUUUACGGAACUAAUGUGAGUGUAUCGCGGAGUUGAAUCCCUCUGGAAGUUGUUAACCGCUAACAAGGUGCCUUUUGAUUUACCAACAAACGAGUGCAAAUCAGAAUACUGUCCAUCUUAAAACUGGUUUCAUUUGAAAGUUUAGCCGGGAAUGACUUCUCUGAACGGGGUACGCAAGGGGAGGCUCACUGCGAAAGAAACCUCAAUCGCUAACUGUAAAGUAGUAGACGAAAAAUAUCGCAUCUCUGCUCAACGAAUUUUUGUAGGCAUUAUUAUAAAAGCUGGUGGCUUAAGGUAACAGACUGAUUGUUUGCCUUUGCUUUUUGUAAAAAAUAAACCAGGAAAACUGGUGUCCUCGCUCGUUGGCUGUUUGCUUUUGUUUUUAAAGAUUUAUGUACUGAAAAUCGCGGAAAAUUGCCGCGGAAAACAUCAAGGCGACAGAAAAAUAGAAAUUUCAGUAUUUUAAACUCGAGCUCGCCUAGUCAAAAUAAUAAAACUAGUAGAACAUCGUGUCCCCGCCUUUUUACCUUCUACGCCAAUAGAAUAACCUUCGAGAUCUCCCUUAAUCUCGCAAGAAAUUAAAUGUGAUUGUGCUGACUGUUUUAUUUUUAGCUGAAAAAAUUAACAGCUAGAAUUUUUUUUUUAAGUCAGCCAGUCUGCAUUUUUCCCACGCGUGAAAAAUUUGCAUACUAGAAAAACAAGCAACGGAAGUAAUUUUGGUUGGAUGAUUCGGCAAAUGUCAAUCAAUCAAAAAAGUGGGCGGCAGGCGUUUCGUAGAAGGUUUGUAUCAGGCUCUCUUUUCGUUUCGCCUUGCCCGCCGGAAUAUUAUUUUCAAAGCGAAACGCAAAUAGAGCCUGAUCUCAGGUUAUUGAUGCACAUACAUAUGUGUCAACUUUCCCGAAUACUUCACCGUUCUCCUGUUUUCCUUACGGGUCAGAAAAGCUGCCCGAGAGCUGGGUGCGUGAAAAUUAAGUGGAAUGACCCUGUGUAUCAUAUGUAGCGUGGUUUUGCUCAUCAUCAUAUUUCUACCGUAUGUUGUGGCCACCUUAGUAAUUUUUGGUUUUCAAAGCAUCAUCAUGACACCUUGGAUAACUUCAAGGUCCAUUGUAGCAUGUAUCUUUUGGUGUUAGGUGAAACAUGCAUAGCAUCAAAUAGACUCUGUGGUCAGAGUUUAUUUAUCAGGUGUUUGUUGCAAACCUCACUAUUUGUACAUUGUGUCAGCCUCGUUGCGUUGUGUGUCAUUUGAAAGGCAGGUCGGUAACAAAUUAGUAUUCUAGGACGCCAGAAAGAAUUAAAAGAUUUUGGAAAUGUAAACAAAAUGUUACUGUUUUACAAGUCUGUCACUCCAAUUUCGCUUUGCUUGGUAUAUGCAAUUGAUAGGCGGUGAAUUGAACAAACAGGAAGUGUUUUUGGUCUAUUUUCUUGCACUUGUUAGCUAAGGAAAUGCCCAGUCCCCGGCCGUUAGUAAGAGCGCUGCUUUUAUAUUCCAAAAAUGACUAUAGUAGUUUUUUGCAGCAAAAAUUUCCAAAUAUCGGCGACGCUUUAAUGCAUUUUAGACUAUUUUUGAAGAAAAAGGUUAAGUGUUUGCGUCCACACUCACAGGUAAGAUGCAAUAUAGACGUAAAGAUUAUGGGAAGACGUUUUGCCAUGUGCGAAAUUUAAAAUUACACGAAACAAUACACACAGAUGAAAAGCCAUUAGAAACGUAUGGAGUGUGGUAAAGCAUUUAGCCGCGCCCGAGAUCUGGAAGUACAUGAAAGAAUCCACACUGGUGAGAAGCCUUUAAACUGGAAGUGGUGUAUAAUGGCCUUUAGCCACGCAAGAGUUCUGAAAAAAAAAGAAAGAAAACACAGUGGUGAGAAGCCGUUUAAGUGCAAGCAUUGUAACAAGGCCUUUAGCCGGGCAGGAGAUCUGAAAAAACAUGAAAGAACACACAGUGGUGAGAAGCCGUUUAAGUGCAAGCAAUGUAACAAGGCCUUUAGCCGGGCAGGAAGUCUGAAAGUACAUGAAAGAAUACACACUGGUGAGAAGCCAUUUAAGUGCAAGCAUUGUAACAAGGCCUUUAGCCAGGCAGGAGAUCUCAAAAAACAUGAAAGAAUACACAGUGGUGAGAAGCCGUUUAACUGCAAGCAAUGUAACAAGGCGUUUAGUGAGGCGGGCAAUCUGAAAAAACACGAAAGAAAACACAGUGGUGAAAAGCCUUUUAAGUGCAAGCACUGUGACAAGGCGUUUCCCGUGGCAGGAUAUCUGAAAGUACAUGAAAGAACACACAGCGGUGAGAAGCCAUUUAAGUGCAAGCAAUGUAAGAAGGCCUUUAUCGAGGCAGGAAAUCUGAAAAAACAUGAAAGAAUACACACUGGUGAGAAGCCAUUUAAGUGCAAGCACUGUGAAAAGGCCUUUAGCCAGGCAGGAGAUCUGAAAAAACAUGAAAGAAUACACAGUGGUGAGAAACCUUUUAAAUGCAAACACUGUAACAAGGCCUUUAGCGAGGCAGGAAAUCUGAAAGUACAUGAAAGGAUACACACUGGUGAGAAGCCGUUUAAAUGCAAGCACUGUGACAAGGCGUUUAGCCAGGCAGGGAGUCUGCAAGUACAUGAAAGAAAACACACAGGUGAGAAGCCA